UGGAGGGGGAGUCUGUAAGGGUUCGCCCGCUGCCAGGAAGCGAGAUGUCGAAGCCGCCUCCCAAACCGGUCAAACCAGGGCAAGUUAAAGUCUUCAGAGCCUUGUAUACGUUUGAGCCCAGAACUCCAGAUGAAUUAUAUUUUGAGGAAGGCGAUAUUAUCUACAUUACUGACAUGAGUGAUACCAACUGGUGGAAGGGCACUUGCAAAGGCAGGACGGGACUCAUUCCCAGCAACUACGUGGCUGAGCAGGCAGAGUCCAUCGACAAUCCAUUGCAUGAAGCUGCAAAAAGAGGCAACCUGAGCUGGCUGAGGGAAUGUUUGGACAACCGAGUGGGUGUCAAUGGUUUGGACAAAGCCGGAAGCACUGCCUUGUACUGGGCCUGUCACGGAGGCCACAAAGAUAUAGUGGAAGUGCUGUUCACUCAGCCCAACCUUGAGCUGAACCAGCAGAACAAGCUGGGAGACACAGCUCUGCAUGCCGCCGCCUGGAAGGGUUAUGCAGAUAUCGUCCAGUUGCUUCUGGCCAAAGGAGCGAGAACGGACUUAAGGAACAAUGAGAAGAAGCUGGCCUUCGACAUGGCCACCAACGCUGCGUGCGCAUCUCUGCUCAAGAAGAAGCAGGGGGCAGGUGCAGUUCGGUCAUUAAGCAAUGCCGAGGACUAUCUUGAUGAUGAAGACUCCGACUGACUCCAUCCCGAGCUUGGAGAACUCACAUUCCCAUUGCUUUUGCCGCUCCAGAACUUCAUCUUUGCCAGGGGAGUGUUGGAAGCUGUCUUGUUUUGUUUUCUAAUAUAUAUGAAUGUGGCAGUGUUGCACGAUGCUUGAGCAGAUCAUGUAAAUGAAUAGUUCUCACCUUGGUUUGCCAAAAAGAGACUGCUUACGUUGCUGUAUAAAAUACGUUUAUGUUCACCAGAAUAGAACAAGAAAAGAUUAUUUCUAUUUAUCAAACUAAAUGAAAUUUAAGAAUUAAGUUUUUUUUUUUUUCAGUUAAGUUCUUUACCUCAAGGAUUCAGAUAUUUUGAAUGAGUUUUUUUGGGGGGUGGGGAAAAUGCUUAUUAUAGUAAUAAAAUACUUAAUAGAAGCUUGUCAGCUAUUCUGACAAAAAUAAACAUUUUCAGAGUUUUGUCUUUUGUCUUUGUGAUAUCCAUCGUUGCUGAUAAAUAAAGCUUUUUUCUAUUGAAGAACUGA